AUGUCCGCCUCCUUAGAUAAAUCAUUAGACGAUAUCAUUGCUUCUUCUAAGAAGCCUACCAACUUCAAGGGAAGAAAGAACUUCAGACCAGGUUCCAAGAUUGGUGGCAAAGCCGGUCGUGUCGGUAAGAAAGUCGGUGGUUCUCAAAACAAGAAGCAAAUUGUUUCAUUCAAAAAAAGUGGCCCUGUCGCUGCUGCCGCUGCUGCUGCUAGAGCUGUUGAUGUCAGUUAUGCUACCAAGGUUAGUGUUUCUGGUUUACCAAAGGAUUUAAGACAAGAAAAUAUUAAGGAUUUCUUCCAAUCUCAAGUCGGUGGUGUCCAAACAGUUGCUUUGAGUUAUAACGAAAAGGGCCAAUUCAAAGGUUUUGCCACUGUUAUCUUCAAAGACAAUAAACACGCUGGAUUAGCUGUUGAAAAAUAUAAUGGUGCUCCAAUCGAUAAUGGUGCUAAUAAAUUAAAAUUAGAAUUAAUUGUUGAUCCAAGUAAGAAACCAUUAGCUGCUAGAAUUGUUGCCAAUUCUGUUGGUAAAGGUCCAAAAGUUGUUGCUGCCAAGGCUGCUGUUCAAAAGAAGAAACAACAACAAAAGAAGAAGAACAAGCCAGCUAAGAAGGAAAAGAAGACUGUUGAACAGUUAGAUCAAGAAAUGGCCGAUUAUUUCGAAAAUUAA